UAUGUGAUCGAUGUAUAUAAAGCAUAAAUUAGAUAGCUAUCGGGAAAGUACUUCCCCUCGAUAUCUGACGAAUCCAGUGAAGAGGUUAUGUUAUUAAACUGGCCGUCAAAACGUUUUUCUGUCAUUCUGUCCACUUCGUUGCUCAUGCUAUGCGUCCUCGAUCAAAAUGAACAAUUCGAAUAACAAAGAAACCAUAAAUCUUCUCGAUUUGCUGUCGGAUAGCGAUACUGACGUAUCAGAUUUAGUGCUUACACCUAAGAAGAAAAAAGUAAAACGGAAACAUAGAAGAGGAAAUACUGUCAAAAUGAAGGAGGGCUAUACCUGUGGCUGUGAAAAGUCUGAUUUGAGAAUUAUAUCAUUGUGGUUGACAGCAUUAUUAAUUACGUUCUGGUUGAUAGCAUUGUCCUGGCUGGCUGUCGUUUUAUAUGGGGAACUUAAAAGAAUGGACAUUUCUAUAAAAUCAGAGGCAUCCAACUCGAUUUGCGCUAUUUUUAUUCUGGAACUAAUAACAGGACGAAUUUAA